GCCAGCCCUGACACGUCAGCUCGGGUCCCCCGCUCGGCCUGCUCCUCCAGGGGCCCCCAGGCCGAUGGCCGGUCUGAACGUGUCCCUCUCCUUCUUCUUCGCCACCUUCGUCCUCUGCCAGGCGGCCAGGGGGUGCAAGGCCCUGCUCCCGGCGGGCGCCUACGCCAGCUUCGCCCGGGAGGCGGUGGGCGCGGCCCAGCUGGGGGCCUGCUGUCUGGAGAUGCGGAUGUUGGCGGAGCUCGGCCCCUGGGCGGGGGGCUUCGGCCCCGACCUGCUGCUCACCCUGCUCACCCUGCUCUUCCUGGUUCACGGGGCGACCUGCGACGGCGCCGCGGCCAACCCCACCGUGUCCCUGCAGGACUUCCUCCUGGCCGAGGCCUCCGGGCCCCGCACGCUGCUGAAGCUGGCGGCCCAGGGGCUGGGUGUGCGGGCGGCCUGUGCCCUGACCCGGCUGUACUGGGCCUGGGAGCUCUGUGACCUGCACGUCCUCCAGAACCUCCUGGACCCGCACUGCAGCUCCCCCCUGCGCACGCCCGUGUCCCACGGCGCGCUCGUGGAAGGCGCCGGCGCCUUCUUCUUGCACCUGACCCUCCUCCGUCUCCGGAACAGCCUGCCCGCCUACCGGGUGCCGGCCGUGGCCCUGCUGGCCACCGUCACGACCCACACAGCUGGGCCCUUCACAUCCGCCUUCUUCAACCCGGCCCUGGCCACCUGGGCCACCUUCCACUGCUCGGGCCACACCCUGCUGGAGUACAUGCAGGUGUACUGGCUGGGUCCUCUGACAGGGAUGGUCCUGGCCGUCCUGCUGUAUCAUGGCCGCCUUCCUCGCCUGUUCCAGAGGAACCUGUUGUACAGCCAGAAGAACAAGUACCGAACUCCUAGAGGGAAGCCGGCCCCGGGGCCUAGAGACACCCAGACGCCUGCAGAGGGGUGCAGAAGCCGGGAGCCUGGGCGGGGUGGGGCGGGGCAGCCGCUGCCGGGCUCCCGCUGAGCCAGCACUCUGGGGGGACGGCCGGGGCUCUGGCUGGACUCUGGGGCGUCCCUGAGCCGAGGGGGGACCGGACCCGCAGCCCUUUCUCCCCCCAAACCUUUCGUCAAUAAACCAUUCCUAAGACC